CAAUCUUCAGCAGCCGCAUAGAUCCAAUCCAAUCCAGUAUUGUAAAAAUGGCUGACGUACAGCUGAACGUCAACGAUGAGGGGGUCUCCCAAAACAACCCCCUAACUCGAAAACUGAACAAGCUACUCGAAGUGCGCCUCGACAACGACCGAGAGACCCUGGAGGCCCUCAAGUCUCUGUCGGAGUUCUUCACAGAAAACAACAUCCGCACCCGGCGCAACCUUCGCGGCGACCUGGAAAAGCGGAGCCUGGCUAUCAACGAACAGUUCCUGCAGUCGUUCGGGGACGUGAAGGCAUCUCUCGAUGCCCUGUGCACGGACAUGAGCGCCAUGAGCACGGCCUGCCAGGGUAUGAUGGCACGGCUGCAGGCCACCCGCUCCCAGACAGACACGCUCAUGAGCCGCAGCGCCGCGCUCCGAGCCCAAGCGCAGAGACUCGACGAGCGGCAGAAGCUCGCCGGCGCCUUCCUGCAUGCCUUUCAGCUGACCCCCGACGAGCUGCAGGCGCUGCGGACGGGCAGCCCGGGCGACGACCGCUUUUUCGACGCGCUCUCGAGAGCGGGGCGCAUUCACGCCGACUGCAAGCUCCUGUUGCGCACGAGCCAGGCGGCCGCCGGCAUACAGCUGAUGGAGGCCAUGGCAGCGCAUCGCGAGACCGCGUACGAGCGACUCUACCGCUGGCUGCAGGCCCAGUGGCGCGCUUCCGGCGCCGACGAAGCAGCGCCGCUGGCCAGGGCGCUGACGUCCCUGCGCGAACGGCCCGUGCUGUGGGGCUACGCGCUGGACGAGCUCGCCAACGCGCGCCGCGCCUGCGUGGUGCGGCGUUUCAUCGACGCCCUGGGUCCCAUGGAAGCGCGCUCGAGGGACCCCCUGCGCUACGUGGCCGACAUGCUGACCUGGGUGCACGAGUGCGCGGUCGGGGAACGCCAACUCUUGGGGCAGCUGCUCGGAGACGCCGCCGGGGACGCCGACGCGCUGCUGGGCCGCAUCACGCAGGGCCUCUGCGGGCCGCUGCGGCUGCGCGUAGAGCAGGUGGCCGUGGGGCCCGCGGGGCCGCUGAUGCUGCAUCGGCUGCGCGAGCUCCUGCGGUUCUACCGAGACCUGUCGCUGGGACCCCUGGCGGCGUGCCUGGCAGACCUGGCAACCCUGGCGGACCGCAUGCUGGCCAACAGCCUCACAUGCCACUGCGGACAGCUGCUGGACAAGGGGGAGCUUCCGCCUGGCGACCUAGGUGCGCCCGAGAGCCUCCGGCGCCUGCUGUCCCUUGUGCGGGAGAUGCUGUCCUGUGGGGACGGGCGCCUGGCCCCCCUGCCACAGCGCCAGCUGGACGUGCCCGCCCUGCUGCAGCAGGUCCUGGAACCGGCCCUGGAGGCGUGCCAGCUGUCGGCGUCACGGCUGUCUGCGGCGGAUGGCGCCACCUACCUGGCCAACUGCGCCCAACUGGCCCACAGCACCCUGGCACCCUUUGAGUGCACCGAGCCCUGGCUGGAGAGGCUGGAGGCCCUGGCACAGCACCAGCUCGGCCUCCUCUCCCAGGAACAGCAGGCUGCCCUGCUCUCCCAGCUUGGGCUGAGCACGCCCGUGCGGCUGCUCGGCCAGGGCCCCCUGGCCACGCUGCCCGGCUGCGACGUGCUGGCCCUCCGCACUGCGGGGUCCCGCCUGGCACGCCUCCUGGAGGACGGCUUUCCCUUGCCGCUGGGGCAGCUGCUAGCGAGCGCCGGCCACCGGCGCAUCCUGAGGGCAACCACCCUCGCAGCACUGUGCGACGUGUACGCGCAGCUCCACGCGGCGGUGCACGACCCGGCCAACGGAUACCCGGACCCUUCGCUGCUGCUGCCGGUCCCGCCCGAGGAGAUUCGGGCCAAGCUGCUGCCCGUGCAGCCUUCGGAGACACCAAUAAAGGCUGUGGAGUCACCUUGACAUUCGUGUUGGAGGG